AUGGACCUUUUAGACGUUUACACACUCGAUGGCACCGUAAAUCAACCCAUAGAGGACCCGAAUGCCGGAAAGGUACAACCGCCGCCUUUUCCUAAUGUCGAGCCUCGAGCCGAUAAUGCCUCCUCCUUAGCACCGUGGCCGAACACGAUCGCCGCGAUCGAGCACGUCCGUCUCCCUAGUUUUUGGCGGCAUUCGCCGCAACAGUGGUUUAUCCACGCCGAAGCAAUUUUUCACAGCAACCGAGUCAGGUCAGACUUGACUAAGGUAAACCACGUGCUCACGGCACUCGACGCGGAUGGCAUACGAACAGUCGCAGACCUAUUAGGUGCGGACGCGCAAUAUUCGGUAGUGCGCAAUCGGCUCAUAUCUGCAUACGCCGUUCCGCAAGCAACGCGUUUCCGAUCUAUUGUACAACCCGGAGGCAUGGGUGACCGCCGCCCGUCACAGAUGCUCCGUGAUAUGCGCGGCGUGCUACCAGAAGGUAUCGGUGACGCCGCUCUCAAGGAGUUCUGGCUACAGAAGCUGCCACCAGCCAUUCUCACCGUAAUUUCUGGGCUCGACGGAUCGUUGGAUUCUUUGGCUGAACGUGCCGACCGAGUUAUGGACGCAAGUACCUCACGCGAAAUUUCCGCUGUGUCCGACCAUUGUUGCCGUUCGAUGGAAAGUGCGUUCGCAGCGUUAACCGCGCAGAUUGCUGCUCUCGUCACGUCACAAUCCACGCAAAACCGUCAACCUCGUUCGGGAAACCGCUCACGCACGCGAUCGCGCACCCGUUCACAGUCUCGACAGCGUAAUAAAGACUUGUGCUACUACCACGACCGCUUUGGUAAAGAUGCCAAAAACUGCCGCGAUCCUUGCAACUUCAACUCAAAAAACUGCUAG